ACCAAGGAUACCAAACACAACACCGAAGCACAAAUAUGGGCAUAUGUACGUCAUCAGCGGAACCCCGGGGGCGUGGCUUACGCGCUAGAAAUGCCUUGUUUGUACUCGAGGAGGAUGUAUUCAUUCAUAAGACAAGACCUGCUCCGUGUGCCGUAGCACCGAGGCUGUCCUCCUCCAGCGGCACGUCGCGUGUGGACUUUAUGGAUCUAUGAUCAGAUGAGCCGCAGAUAAACUUAAGGAUCUAAAGGCAACGCCGAAGGACUCUGAUAAAGCUUGGACAGGGACACAAUCUUCCCCUUCCUGAACGCAGGGGAACCGGAUUAAGCUUCUUCAUGCAACUUUUUUGGAAAGAAACCAAGAGCAUCUCACCCGGGAAUAACAACAGAGAGACGUCUUCACUGACCCGUGCGUGUGUGUGUGCGUGUGUGCAGGUGUGACUGCCCUGCUCUCUACUGUGACAGCAGGUGUCACCCUCUCUCUCGGGCCCUACGGGGAGAUGUACCAAGGCUUCCCCGGUGACCCCGACAGCGGAUCCCGUGAGAGCUCGUCUCCAUCCGUAGAGUCCCAGUGUCUCUCCUCCGUGGACUCCUUCGGGAGUCCAUCGACCUCCACUGCUCCUCAGGAGUGUGUGUCAGUGGGAGCUGGCCUGAGCAUUGUUGGAAGCGGGCUAGGGGCAAGCGUAGGAGAGGAGAUGCCUGGUUCAUUUGUGCCCACCGUCACUGCCAUCACCACCAGUCAGGACCUGCAGUGGAUGGUACAGCCCACCCUGAUCUCCUCACAGGCAUCUGGACAGAGUGGCUCCACCGGUACCACCACCAUGACCCAGCCAGUGUCACUGGUGGACCCGUAUGACAUGCCAGGUCCCAGUUACUCCUCUAGCUCUGGAUUCACUCCUUCAAGUUCAGAAACUCCCGGCCCAGCCCUGGGCCCAGUCCGCCAGUCCAGAACCCGCAGCCGUCGCACCAGAGACGAGUCUGUGAGUGAGGAUGGAGAUGUUGGUGUGUUAUUAACACCUGAGGAGGAAGAGAAGAGGCGUGUUCGUCGAGAGAGGAACAAACUGGCUGCUGCCAAGUGCCGAAAUCGCAGACGAGAACUCACGGACAGAUUGCAGUCGGAGACAGAUAUACUGGAGGAGGCGAAAGCAGAGCUGGAGGCUGAGAUUUCUGAGCUGCAGAAGGAGAAAGAACGCCUGGAGUUUGUCCUGGUGGCCCACCAGCCAAACUGUAAGAUCCCAUAUCAGGACCAGCCUCAGCAGGGUUCAGUGCAUCUCCCUCCAGUCCAGUCCCAGCUGCCUCCUCAGAACUUACCACCUCCAGUCUCCAUUGUGGGCAUGACUAUGAAGGAAGACUCAUUCUUUCUGCCUCCUGCCUACACGGCCCAUUCGGCUGCUUCACAGUCGCAGCCUCCACUUCAGCAGCAGCAACUCCAGCAGCCGCAAGUCCAGCAGCAGCCUCAGCCAGGGAUAAUGCAGGAGGUAGAGUUUUCUAGUUCUUUCUAUGGCUCCAGUGAGCCAGCAGCUGGUGGGCCGUGCCUUAUGGCCAGCGACAGUGUUGGUGGUGGUAACCAUGACGAAGCGGCCAUUGGCAGCUACAACACCUCAUACACAUCUUCAUUUGUGUUCACCUACCCAGAGGGAGCCUGCGGGGUCAGUGCCAACCACAGGAACAGCAGUAGCGAGCAGUCAUCUGAUUCCCUGAACUCACCUUCGCUGCUGGCGCUCUGACUAACCGACAGACCCAAGCAAGCACAUAUCAAAACCCCAAAACAUUAUACUCGCUGGAGGUAGAGGCUGAGGCAAGUAUACUGUACGCGCAGUGCCAAUCAGCCUCACAGAUUGAGAAAUACGAGAAAAUUUUCUAAAAGUUGACGUAUUCGGAAAACCAGCCAAAUCAAGUCUUGGUCCAGUGUGAAACAUUUAGGACAGAUUAUUAGCAAUAAUGUAAAACCGUGUGGUUCUUGUAGCCUGGGGAUACGCCUUUUAUUUAGACUGUAAGCAAGGGCUUUGCUUUGUGGGGGCAGCCAUUUUGCAUCGCUAUGUUUGUGUAACUUAAAAAUGUGGUGUACUGCACAGAGAGACUUUUCUGUGUGUUAUCAUUGCCACCAUUAGAUGUCACUAAUGUUACCCACUGGACCAUUGGAAAAAAAUCCCAGAUAAGGGAGUAAAAUGUAGUAAUUGAGUCGAGUUGCCAAAUUUAGUGUUUGAGUUGAACAGAUUUAAAGUGAAUAUUCUCAAUCUCUCUCUGACUAGUCACUUCACAACAAGCACCCGAGUCCCAGCCUAGUUCCCUCUGUCAGGUGUCCCUGUUCCAGUGCUCUCAUCCUUUUCCAUCCUUCUCCUUCCUGUUUCCUGCUUCCGUCUUCUUUGUGUAUUUGUACAAAUCUCCAGAUGGGAUUGAGGACACGUUGUUCAGGUCCUGCAGUUUUGUGGGAGACUGACGACUGCUAAUCACUUGCUUUUGCCUCUAACCCUUUUUGUACUCGACUUCGCCCUGCUUCUUCAUUUGCUGCUAGGACUUGGGGAUGUGACUGUGACCGCCUCCACUAAACCGUGUGCUUUUUUUUCCCCUUUGCUUUCAAACUUGUUCUGCCCUGUGACUACCUGCCAUGCGAACCAUCUCUACCCAUCUGCUUGUCUCUCUCCUCUCUCUCUGUGUUUCUCCCUGUCUCUGAAGUCUUCAACCCCUGAGAGUCCGAAGACCCCCACCAGCCCUUGGGACCUCGAGUGACUGCCAGCCCACCUAACACAUCCUUAUGCACCUUCUCAUACAAGGACAUGGACGCAAGACCCAAAACAGAAGAACCUUUGUCAUGGAGUGCAUGGCUCAAAGAGGAUCCUCACAGUGAAGCAGCUAAUUACUUUAAACCCAUGCACGCAGACAAAUAAUUGAUGAAUCCAAAUGCAAGACGGAUGCCACUGUCCUUCGCUGAGCCAUUUUUUGUGACGUUCACAACAAGAAUAUUACAGUCAUGCCCCGAGGCAAGUGAGACAUGAGGAUGGACGACGAUAUUAAAAGCGAGGAAGUAGGAGCAGCAAACUAGAUGGAAACAGAUGUUGUGAGGCUGUCAAAAAAAGAGGCAGAUUUAAGAGAAAAAAAACAUAUUAAAAAAAAAGUGAAAGAAAGAGGAUUCUGCUUUUGCCAACUGCUCGGGAGUGAGACCCCCAUAAAGACAUCUCCAUACCAUGAAGCCUCAUCACGCUGGGCCUACAUGAGCUUACGCUCACCAUCACUCUCCAGUCGUCGAACUGAAGAUACAGACGAAUACUUGCAUCGCACCAGCUCAGUGUUCUGCUCAGAAUCAAUCAGAUGUGAAUCGAUGCCUUUAUUUAAAAAGAGCUUUCAGACAACCUCUAAGCCUUGGGCUCAGUUGUCUCCGUGCCUCCUCUGUUCACUCAGUGGGGAUGAUCACAUUCAUUUGUGAGUGCGUCCGCGCCGAGGCACCUGGCCCGUUUAUUUCUUUCUUUAUUGAGGUUGAGUUGGUGAGUGAGCACAAAAAGCAUGACCGGAAAACAAAAGAGGAAAAAUGUGGGCCGAUGUUGUGGAGUGACCGUCCUAUAAACGCCUGUGAAAUUGUAAAACUUUUUUUUCCUGUGCAUCUGAGUGACAAUUGUUAUAUAUUCUAUUGUUUGUUUGUUUGUUUGUUUGUGUGUGUGUGUGUUCAGUUGUUUUUUGCAUUGACCUCUGCUUUCUUAUGUAGGCCUACUGUUGCCAUUCCUUUCUUUUUUAACGUUUUGUUUUUGAGAUUCCCUCAUAUCUGUUACUAUUAUUGUUAUUAUUAAUAAUAUAAUAAUAAUAAUUAUUAUUAUUAUUAUUGAAUUGUAACUAUUAUUUCAUUAUGUUAUUGUGUUUUUGUUUGGCAACUCCAGAGGCAUGUUGUGCACUACGGAAAAAGAAAAUCUAAUAAUAAGGCUAUAUGCAUAUACAUUUACAAAUAAUAUGUAUGUAUAAGUGUAUGUACCAUGAUUGUAACGUAUGAAUGUCUGCAGCUCUAAAUGGGAUAUUUUUGUCAUUAAAGAACAAGAUGAAACAUUAUAAGAUUUAGUUUUAAAAAUAUAAUAUUUUUCUAAAAGAAGAACAGAAGUAUAUAAAAUGUAAAAAAAAAAAAGAAUACUGCC